CAUGGGCAGACAAACCGUACGUCCGUUUGUCCGAGCGCGAGGGGAGAGUGGGCGCCAUCUUCCUUCCCGCCGGCUGGCUGAGGGCUUUUCCUGUUCGGCGGAGGCGGCUACGACAAGGAGCGCGUCAGCCCCGGCCAGGGGUGACGGACUGGGCCGCAGCGCCUCCCGGCGGUGGUGUGUGCGCGCGCGCUUCCCGGGGAGCUUGACAGUGAAGAUCUGGAAGGAUCGCCUAGUUAAGUUGCUUUUACAGAAUUAACAGGUCUCCAAGAAAUAAAAAGAAAAGGUCAUUAUUGCUCUGGUUUGAGCUCAGCAUGGCUGUAGUCAUCCGUUUACUGGGGCUUCCUUUUAUUGCGGGGCCUGUGGAUAUUCGUCACUUCUUCAAGGGAUUGACUAUUCCUGAUGGAGGAGUGCAUAUAAUUGGAGGGGAAGUUGGGGAGGCUUUUAUUAUAUUUGCAACAGAUGAAGAUGCAAGACGUGCUGUAAGUCGUUCAGGAGGGUUUAUCAAGGAUUCAUCUGUAGAGCUUUUUCUUAGUAGCAAGGCAGAAAUGCAGAAGACUAUAGAAAUGAAAAGAACUGAUCGUAUAGGAAGAGGGCGACGAGGAUCUGGGGCAUCAGGGGUUGGAAAACGGUCUAAUUUUAUUGAGACAAUGAAGAAAGAUGAAAAUAAUUCUAGAUAUGGCUCUUCAGUUAAUCAAGAUGCUGGAUUUCAUAUGAAUGGUACAGGACUUGAUGAUUUAAGGCCAAGAAAGACAAGACCAUCAAAGGCUGAGAAUCCUUAUUUGUUUCUACGAGGUUUGCCUUACCUAGUUAAUGAAGAUGAUGUACGUGUCUUUUUCUCCGGUCUGUGUGUGGAUGGAGUAAUUUUCUUAAAACAUCAUGAUGGCCGAAAUAAUGGUGAUGCUAUAGUAAAAUUUGCUUCAUGUAUUGAUGCUUCAGGAGGCCUUAAAUGCCAUAGAAGUUUUAUGGGCUCAAGGUUUAUAGAAGUAAUGCAGGGCUCAGAACAACAGUGGAUUGAGCUUGGUGGUAAGGAAAUUAAGGAAGGUGUUCCUGUGAGAUCUGAAGAACAUUCUCCAAGAAGAAUUAAUAAUAGACAUUUUCGAAAACGGUCUCAUUCAAAAUCUCCCAGAAGAACACGCUCUCGCUCCCCUCUUGGAUUUUAUGUUCACCUAAAAAAUCUGUCCCUGAGUAUUGAUGAAAGAGAUUUGAAAAAUUUCUUUAGAGAUACUGAUCUGACUGAUGAACAAAUUAGGUUUUUAUAUAAAGAUCAAAGAAGGUCACGAUAUGCCUUUGUGAUGUUUAAGACUGUGAAAGACUAUAAUACAGCAUUGAGUUUACAUAAAACUGUUUUACAAUAUCGUCCAGUUCUUAUUAACCCAGUUUCUAGGAAACAAAUGCUGAGGUUCAUUGAAUAUUAUGAAAAGAAGAGACGAGGAUCAGUAGAGAAAGAGAGAACUGGACAUGCUUCACAAAAAUACUUACAAGAGGGCUACACUGGCCAGAAACUCUGUAUAUAUAUAAGAAAUUUUCCAUUUGAUGUUACUAAAGUUGAGGUGCAAAGGUUCUUUGCAGACUUUUCCCUUGCUGAGGAUGAGAUUUACUUGCUUUAUGAUGACAAAGGAGUUGGUCUGGGAGAAGCUUUGGUGAAAUUUAAAUCAGAAGAACAGGCUGUGAAAGCCGAACGUUUAAAUCGUCGAAGAUUCUUAGGAACAGAGGUAUUACUAAGACUUAUAACUGAGGCACAAAUGCAGGAGUUUGGUAUAAACUGUUCCUUCAUGUCCAGAGACAAAAUGCAAGCCUGUUCCCAGUCACAUGAUAGAGAUGACCGUUGCCAUUUAUUUGGCUCAAAAGACUCAUCAGUAUACUCAUAUGGCCCUUCUGAUGAACGUAGAUACCAGGUGGAAGAAUUGAGACAACCCAGUAACUUCAGGCAUCCCCAGGGACAUUUCCGACAGCCUAAUAGGCACCCUCCAGAAAACUUCAGGCACUCUCCAGAGGACUUCAGGCACUCCCCGGAGGAUAAUAGGUACCUUCGGGAGGAGCACUUCAGGCGGCCUCCUGUGGAAAACUUCCGGCGACCACAAGAGGAAGACUGGAGACAGGAGGAAGACUGGAGAAGGCCUUUUGAGGAGGACUGGAGGGGGCCACCGGAGGAGGAUUUCAGACAGCCCCCAGAAGAGGACUUCAGGCGGCCUCUAGAGGAGGAUUUCAGGCGGCCUUGGGAGGAGGACGACUUGAGGUGCCCUCCGGAGGAUGACUUCAGGUGCCAUAGGGAGGAGGACUUCAGGAGGCCCUUUGAGGAAGAUUUCAGACAUUCCCCUGAGGAGGACUUUAGGCGGUCACCCCCCGAUCACUUCAGACGACCACCCCAGGAGCAUUUCAGGCGGCCUCCCCCAGAACACUUCAAGCGGCUGCCCCCGGAGCACUUCAGGAGACCACCCCAGGAACACUUCAGGAGGCCUUCCCAAGACUUUAGGCGGCUGCCCCAGGAGCACUUCCGGCGUUCCCAAGAGGAAGAUUUCAGGCAUAUGCCGGAUGAAGACUUCAGGGGCCCCCUGGAAGAUGAUCUGAGAUGCCCUUCUGAUGAAGACUUCAGGCAGCUCCCUGCGGAGGACCUCAGGGACCAUCCAGAGGAGGAUCCUAGACUUCCUGACAAUUUUAGACUUCCUGGAGAAGAUUUUAGGGGUGCACCUGAGGAUUUCAGAAGCCAUCGUCCUUUAGUGAAUUUUGGUCGCCCAGAAGGUGGCAAGCUUGAUUUUGUAAAGCGUAAUAUGGGUGGUUAUCCUGAGGGGAGAUUUAUGCCUGACCCCAAGUUAAAUUGUGGUACCAGUAGAGUGACUCCUAUUAAGAUAAUGAAUCUUCCAUUUAAAGCUAAUGUUAAUGAAAUUUUAGACUUUUUCCAUGGUUAUAGAAUCAUACCUGAUUCAGUCUCAAUACAGUAUAAUGAGCAAGGAUUGCCUACAGGAGAAGCCAUUGUUGCUUUGAUAAACUAUAAUGAAGCUAUGGCUGCUAUUAAAGAUCUAAAUGAUAGGCCAGUUGGGCCUCGCAAAGUGAAGCUAAUUUUGCUUUAGAGUGCAUUUCUAAAUUGUUUCCUUCCCACAGUAUUGAUGCAGUAAAAAUGAAGUUUUUAACAUAAAGUUUAAAAAUUAUCUAGUGAAACAUUUUAAUUUUGACCUGUGAACAUAAAAAAUGUAAAUAGUGUGAAUCUGGUUUUGUUUUAUUUGCACAUUACCGCUUUUUUUCCUAACUUAUAAUUACAUAUGCCUUACAUUCUCUGAUGAGAUUUCCUGAGUUUUUUUUUCCAUGUUAUGGAUAGAGUUGUAUAAAAUAGAAGAAAAAUUUUAUAUUUGCUUUUAUUCUGUAGCAACGUCUUUUAUCAAUCUGUAUCCAAGGAAAUGGUCAGUGACUGUUCAGGUUUGGCAUUUUAUUACCUGUCUGAAGAAUUAAUAACUUCUUGUCUGAGAUAUUAAAUAUGCUAGGUCUCCUUUUAAUUAUAAAUAGUUCAAAAUGAACAGACUGUGAACUUGAAAUUUACUUAUGUUAAAGAGCUUAGGAGAUUCUUAAAAGUUUGUGUUCAUAACCUUGCAGUUUUUUAAAAAUAAAAAAAUUGCAACUGAAAUAGACUAAUUAACUUGUAUUUGUAUAAAAGGGAAAAAUAAUUGGAGCUGGGUAUUAUAAAGUUUUCUACAAGUAUAUUAAGCUGCAUUUAUGAUGAGAGGGACCCAAUAGUUUUAUGGUUUCUUGAAUAUUUUAAUUUUAGGCCUCAGCCUUAGGAGUAGGGAAUCUUAUUAAAUAAGAUUAACACAAAAUAGUCAAAAGAUAAUGAGAGCGGCUUAUGCUUGGAAGGGUUUGAUAAAUGGGUAUAUUUUUUUCUGGGAAGAAUUUGCUCAGGAUUCAUAUACCUGUGUGUUGGUUUUCACUUUUUAUGUUUGUCUCAAUAUAAGAUUUGUGAAUUUUAAUUUUAAUAUUCAACAUUCAAUGUAGGCAGUUUGCAAAUACUGGGUUAGAUUUUUUUAUCCAAGCAAUAUAAAUGCCUGACAUUUGUGGAGUACCUAAUAUGUACUAGGCACUGACUUUAUAUGCAUGAUCUCAAUACCUAUUAUAUAAUUGUCCCACAAGUUUAAUAUGAAGCUAGAGAGGUUAACCUACUUGAAGCCAGUUACCCAGUCAUGGAGCCAAUUUCAACAUAGACAGACCACAGAUUCCAGUUAAUGCUUAAAAGCUUUUGCUAUCUCAUUUUAUGAAAUGGCGUUUUGUUUUUUUUACUGUAUUGACCAUACUAAAAAUAUUUUCAGGGCUCAAUGGUAUUUUCUUACCUCUUGUUGCUUUAAAAUAGUGCUAAAGAUAAAAAUAAAAUGAUCAAACAUUCUUAGUAAAAGAGAAAGUGACUUUUAAGACUCUCUGAUCUACGGCUGGGAAUGUGGCUUAGUGAUAGAGUGCUUGCCUAUCACUCAUGAAGCUCUGGGUUUGA